GUAACUAAGGACGGGGUUGCUCCUCGGCGAAAAAACGGAGGCACGAAGAUCUUCCUUAGCAACCGCGAAUAAACAUGACUUAUUACACCAUCAGGUAAGAAGAAACCACUUGAUGCUCACUUUUAGUCACUUUUUAUGUGUUUCCUGAGCAAGGGCCGAGUUGCCAUGGCCACGGCGUUGUUUUCGCCACGCGAAGACGAUCGUAACUUUUUGGGCGAGAAAGGGACGACUUGGGCUAAUGCUACGUGCUAACAGUAACGAUUCUCCGCGGCGAAGAGAAACUUGAACAAGCAUAUUUUGGGGGAGCUAAAGUGACGUCAACAAACGCGUUUGAACGUACCCCACGACGCGAAAAGCGAGUGGGUGGCGUGUACUUCCAAAGUUUUCUUUUUCACGCACUACAUUGCACUUAAAUGAGUCAUCCAAUUGGGGGAAGAAAAAUAGGACUUGCAUGUUUGAACUCGCUCGCCUGCUGUGCUGCUACAUUCCUGCGAGGCAAUCCCCUUCACCCCCCCCAAAUAAAAAUCCCCUUUGCAUUUUGAUAAUAAAAGGAAACGAUUCAAUUCGCCUAAAAUGCAUCUGAUGCAGAGUACGAUCGGGGCUGCACGGCAAAUGAGGUGUGAAUGUGAGCUUGAAUACUCUUUUAAUUUUUCCCAACAUGUUCUAAAUUCAAGCAGGUCGUCCCUGUUAUAAAAUGGGUCACCCUGGCCACCCCAAAUGUUUCUAGCUACGCCCCUGUGAACUGCGACGAGCUCGCCAAGAGCUGUCCUUCAAAAUAAAUGGGGUAACUUCGCACACAUUGACGGCGCUGUUAAGGUGUGAUUACCGACACCCGUCACCUUUUUUCCAUGCAAUUAGUCCUACCCGUCCCCUCGCUCCUCAUCAGUCCACUUAGGUGUCACUUCAGCCUCGUCCCUUGAGGACAAACACACACACACAAAAUACAAACGGGGCCCUCGCUAUGGCAACGAGAGCCUCCUCUUCCGCCGCCUCUCCAGCCACCCGCCCGCUCGCUCGCUCGGUAGCCCGGCCCGGACGCGGUUUGCUCGCCACACGUCUCCAGCGAGCGCCUCGGGGUGGGAAUGAGCCAGGAUGGAGUCGCAGCCCGUCUACAGCCGCUGGUCGUACAGGUUAGGCGUUUUGGCCGCGUUUGCCGUUCGAAGCAGACAAUCGUAACGUUCGUAAACGGGCUCAGAAGUAUCAAUUGGCUUUUGGAACAAACGAUUUUGUGCACGGCAACUUCCAAAGUCACGGCUCUAAACACUUUCCUCUGCUUCUCUUCCUUGGACAAAUCGACAUCCUGGAGACCCUCCAGCUCUGCCAGCUUGGCCAGCGGAUUGGACGAGCACAGCAGCAUCAUGCAGCAGAAGCUGGAAAAACAGAGGUCUUUGCUGGAGCAGAAGCAGCGGCGGAAACGGCAGGAACCGCUCAUGGUGCAGCCCAACAUGGAGGCCCGGCACCGGCGGAGCCGCUCGCGGCGCGGUGAAGAGCAAGCCCCGCUGGUGGAGUCGCAACUCUGCGACGUCAGCGACAUCAUCGCGGACGGCUUCAACGGCCCGGCGGCAUUUCUAGGAUCCAAAAAAGGAAUGAAAAUCCAGAUCACAUCCGUGCAGCAAGGCCAAGUUAAGACUCAGUCCCCGCUCAGGCCUCCGCCGCCGCCGUCGCCCGCAGAGGACAAGGCCGGCGACGCGGAGACGCCGCACCAGAACAAGACCGACAUCCACGAACUUCUGCGCAAACAAGGCCUGUCCGGCAGCAUGAACUUUGACGAAUCUAGCGAGGACGAGGAUGACGACGAGCGUCCGCACGCCCCGACGCCCGGCACGCAGACCACCAGUUCCGCCUCCAGCGCCAAGGACCCGGAGGCGGUCGCCAGCGGCGGCGGCUCGCCCUCCUCCAGAAGCUCGCCUCUUCUGGAGGUGUCCAACUUGGACGAGUUUGCGUUGCUUCCGGCCCCGCGCGGCGCCACCAUCAAAUGCCGGAUCACCCGCGACAAGAAGGGAAUGGACGGCGGCUUCUACCCUACGUACUACAUGCACAUGGAGAGGGAGGACGGCAAGAAGGUGUUCUUGUUGGCAGGGAGGAAGCGAAAGAAGAGCAAGACAUCCAACUACCUCAUUUCAGUGGACCCCACCGAUCUGUCGCGAGAAGGCGAGAGCUUCAUCGGCAAACUGAGGUCUAACCUCAUGGGCACCAAAUUCACCGUGUACAACAACGGCGCCAACCCUUGCAAGAACGGCGCCGCCAUGGAGGACGGCGGGACUCGACAGGAGCUGGCCGCCGUCUGCUACGAAACCAACGUGUUGGGGUUCAAGGGACCGCGCAAGAUGACCGUCAUCAUCCCGGGCAUGAAUGCCGACUUUGAGCGAGUGCCCGUCAGGCCCCACAACGAGCAGGAGAGCCUGGUGAGCCGCUGGCAGAGCCACUCCUUGGACAACCUGAUCGAGCUCCACAAUAAGGCGCCCAUGUGGAACGACGACACGCAGUCCUACGUGCUCAACUUCCACGGACGCGUCACUCAGGCCUCCAUCAAGAACUUCCAGAUCGUCCACGACAACGACCGUAAGUGGCGAGACGCGGCGGAACGUCGGCGCGUCUUUAACCGCCCGCCGGCUUUUUCCACCAGCCGACUACAUCGUGAUGCAGUUCGGCCGAGUGGCCGACGCCAUCUUCACGCUGGACUACAACUACCCCAUGUGCGCCUUACAAGCCUUCGCCAUCGGGCUGUCCAGCUUCGACGGCAAGCUGGCCUGCGAAUGAACGCACGACUUUUGUUUUCAAGGACUCCGAUCGAACAGAGCGGGCUCUCCUGCAGCGCCCCCCUCAGGACAAAAGCAGACAUCCUCAAUCAUUGGAAGGCUGGCUGACUUCUUUUUUUUUUUUUUGUUGACCUGGAUGACAAGUGCAUUAUUGUUACGGUUGAUUGUUUUUCUGUGACACGCAUGCAAAAUUGCACACACCCUAAGUACUGUAAAUAAAUUUGGAAAUCACCACCAA